AUGGCACCUCGCUUCCCCCUUGACCGAGCGCCAGACCCUGCAACGAGGCAUACCUUGGAGACGCAGAUGAACAUGUUGCACUCUGGUCGUCUCCCAGUCAUGGCAGAGGACCGCAGUGAGAUGCUUGGGUGGUGCGCCCCUUUGAGCUAUGCCCCAGACAAUGUGGUACGGGCUUUCAUGGAUCUCAGCAAGGUGUCAUUCCAACCGCAACACGCCAAGCCUCGCAACCGAAAACUCGCCGUAACUGCAUUCAUCUCGGUCACUCAGAUUCCUUACAUGCGGCAUUGCCAUCUGAUUAUUGGAGAAGCAGAUUUGGGUUUCUCGGCAGAUCAACUCAGGGACGCGCUGGCGGGAACCAUGCCAGAAGGCCUGAAUGACGAAGAACAAGCUGCGUACAAUUUCGGAAAAUUGCUAGCGACCCAGCGCGAUCCAAUAAAGGAUCAAAUUUGGGAAGAGUUUGCAGGAAAGUUGCAGAAAUCGGAGAUUGUCGGCAUCACAAAUUUUGUAGGUGUAUAUCAGUGGCUGGCUCUCCUGACCCAGCUUAACGGGGAGGAUGAUAGAUGGAAUUAG